AUGGAGAUAUUCAAUGAUGUUGAUAAAUGUACUGAUUUUAUUACUGAUCUAAAUGUAGAUAAUGUCUUCAUUAUUGUUCAACAGCCAUCUAGUCAAAUGACUAUUCGUGUUAUUCAAGAUCUUUCUCAAAUCAACAUGAUUUAUCUUCUUGGUGGAAAUGAGAACCAAUAUGAACGAUCGUCCAGAGUGAUAAUAUUUCCAGAUAUCCCAUCGAUUUGUGAAACUUUGAAAAGGGACAUUUAUCAGUAUAAUCAAAAUUCUGUUUCUAUGAGUUUUAUUAAGCCAGCUGAUGGAAUUUCAAAACCAAACCUUGAUAAACUCGAUCAAUAUUUUAUGUAUACACAAAUAUUAAAAGAAAUUCUGCUUAAAAUUAAUUUUCAACCGAAUCAUAUUGAUGAAUUUUUAGCAUAUUGUCGAAAUCAAUUUAUUGGAGAUGUUACCAAACUAGAAAAUGAAUAUCGUCAUCAUCACCCAAUUUGGUGGUAUACUUCUGAUUGUUUUCUUUAUUCCAUGCUCAAUAAAAGUUUACGUCUCAUGGAAUUUGAUAUUAUUAUUAAGAUUGACUUCUUUAUACGUGAUCUUCAUCAACAUAUUGCUCGAUUACAUACGGAACAAUACAAAGAGCUGAAUCAUUCAACAUCCUUUGUAGUAUACCAUGGACAAGGUUUAUCUUUAAUAGAUUUUGAUAAAUUGAUGGAAACACAAGGUGGAUUGCUUUCAUUCAACACUUUCUUAUCGACCAGUCUUGUUCAAUCUGUCGCUUUUCUUUAUGCAGAAAGUAAUUCAUCUAGUUCGGAUUUAGUAGGUGUUCUCUUUAAAAUAACAGUGGAUCCGUCAAUAUCAUCAACACCCUUCUGUAAUACUACUAAUGUCGGUUAUUAUGGUGAUGCAGAGGAAGAAAUUCUAUUCGCAAUGCAUUCUGUUUUUCGGAUUGGAGAAAUCAGGUUACUCAAUGAAAACAAUCGUUUAUUGCAAGUUGAUUUAAUGCAAACUAGUGACAAUGAUCCUGAAUUAAAUGCAUUAACUGAACGUAUACGAGAAGAAACAUUUCCUGGUCAAGAAGAAUGGUAUCGAUUAGGUCAAGUAUUGAUUAAAGUAGGUGAAUUUAGUAAAGCUCAACAAGUCUAUGAUGAAUUACUUAAUCAAACAUCAGAUUUAUCACAAAUGGCUGGUAUUUAUUUUCAUCUUGGAUGGAUUAAAGAUAAUCAAGAAGAAUUUAAAGAAGCAAUUGGAUUUUAUGAAAAAUUAAUUGAAAUUAAUGAACAAAUAUCUGAUAAAGAUCAUCCUCAAUUAGCUUAUACUUAUAACAAUCUUGGUAUAAUAUAUAAUAGAAUGGGUGAAUAUUUACAGGCACUUCAAUUUCAUGAAAAAGCAGUAGCAAUCCGAUUGAGAAUUCUAUCUCCAAUUGAUUCAACGUUGGCUACUUCUUAUAACAAUAUCGGAAGAGUGCAUGAAAACAGGGGAAAAUAUUCAAAAGCUCUUUUAUGUUAUGAAAAAGCAUUGAAAAUUUUGCAAGAAACUCUUCCUUCGAAUCAUCCACAGUUAACUAUUUCUCAUAACAAUAUUGGUGGUGCGUAUAUUAAUAUGAGUAAUUAUUCGAAAGCACUUUUGCAUUUGGAAAAAGCACGUGAAAUUGAACAAAGAUCUCUUCCUCCCAAUCAUCCUAAUUUAAUUUAUUCUGUCAAUAAUCUUGGAGCAUUAUUUGGUACGAUAGGUGAAUACUCAAAAGCAAUUUCUUAUUUUCAAGAACCACUUAAAAUCAUUGAAAAAACAGAUUCUUCAUAUCAUCCAACAGUCGCUACUUUAUACAACAAUAUUGGUUCGAUGUAUGAGAAAAUGAAAGAAUACUGGAAAGCACUAUUUUAUUACCAGACAUCAUAUGUAAUUCAAAAACAGGUUCUUCCUUCGAAUCACCCUAGUUUUGCUAGUACUUGUAAUAAUAUUGGAGGAGCAUACGGUUAUAUUGGCAAACAUUCAAAGGCACUUUUCUAUUUUAAAAAAGUAUUCAACAUUUUUACCAAAACACUUCCUUCGAAUCAUCCUCAUCUGAUUGUUGUCUGUAACAACAUCGGUUAUAUCUAUCACCAAAUGGGCAAAUAUUCAACGGCAAUCUCAUAUUAUGAAAAAGUACUUGACGUUGCUCAAAGGAUUUUACCUCCAUAUCAUUCACUUUUCGUUAAUUUUUACAACAAUAUCGGAGGUGUAUAUCUGUGUAUGGGUCAAUAUCCAGAAGCUAUUUCAUUCUGUGAACAUGCGUUACAAAUUGGAAAACGUGCAUUAACUGAAAAUCAUCCAACUCUUCAAGUAGUACGAAUAAAUAUUGAAAGGGCUGUCGCAAAUCAGUUAAGAUUGGGAGGGUGGGGACAAUUUUAG